AUGUCUUCUACAGGAUCUGACGCGGCGUCGGCGUCGGCGUCAGAAACAGGAACAGCUGCCUCGGGCACAGACACAGCAUCAAUAACCGGUUCCCUACUGAGCUCGUUGCUCUCGACGAUCUCUGCCACCGAGACCCCGACCUCUUCCUCUUCCUCCGGACCCACGAGGACGACUUCGGGCCCCAUUUUUUCUGCUACACAGAGCAGUGCCGCAGAUAAAGAUAAAGGAAUUGGAAUAGUCAGUUUCUUGACUGCCGUAGGCGUAGCUGUUGCCAUCUUCGCCGUGCAGAUCCUCCUUUUCCUCCUUUUAAGGAACAAGCUAGCCCGUAUCUUCAAGCCGAAAACCUACCUCGUUCCCGAACGAGAACGAACCGAAUCGCCCCCGAAUAAACCACUUGCUAUGUUGAAGACCCUAUGGCACUAUGGAGAUCGCGAAGUUAUCGAAAAAUGUGGUCUCGAUGCCUACUUCUUCCUCCGGUACCUCAAGACUCUUCUCAUCAUCUUCCUACCUAUCGGAGCUGUUGUCAUGCCUAUUCUGAUCCCCUUGAACUAUGUUGGCGGUCUUGGCCAAAAGAUCGACGUAACAGACGACGACAAUCAGAUUGAUGGAUUACCAACAGGUCUUGAUACACUUUCGUGGGGUAAUGUGGCCCCUAAGAAUUCGGGUCGAUAUGGGGCCCAUCUUCUUAUGGCCAUCCUAGUAGUUAUCUGGGUCUGCACGGUAUUCUUCUUCGAGCUUCGAGUAUACAUCAAGGUUCGACAGGAUUGGCUUACAAGCGCCGAACAUCGUCUAAGAGCUUCGGCCACUACUGUCCUUGUCAAUUCGAUUCCUUCGAAAUGGCUUAGUGAAGAAGCCCUGAUGGGCCUCUUUGAUGUCUUCCCUGGAGGCAUCAGGAAUAUCUGGCUGAAUCGGGACUUAUCAACACUGUUGGACAAGGUCAAGGAACGAAACAACAUCCACCUCCAACUCGAACAAGCACAGACGGAUCUCAUCAAAGACGCGAAGAAGGCACAACUCAAGCAACAAAAGGCCGAAGAAAAGAAACGGAGAAGAGAGUUCAAGCUUAAAGCGAUGACUAAGCAGGAGAGGGCUGAUAAGAACGCCCGCGAAGACGCAGAAGCUCAGCGACGAGCACAAGACGGUUCAGGUACUGCUGCUGGUGAUCAACAUAACGUCCCUCACAGCGUAGAUGCCGGAGUCCGUGAGUCACAGCACGAGGCCUUUAACCGUGACUCUGAGGACCUUCAUGGGCAUGAUCACAACAAGAAGAAGGGGUUUAAAGUACCCCUCCUCGGCGACCCGCUCGUCAAGGUUGGGCAAGGCAUCCUGGGUGUUGUGUCAAAAGCUGGUAACAACGUGGACGAAACGAUAGAGACAACAAACGGAUUCAUCGGACUGUCACAAACUACGCACUCUCGGAAUGCAUCUAGGACCACGAAUCGAGGUCCCGAACGACCUUCGGUGGAUGACGACGAGGAGCUCAAUUCUCCAUCAGAUACCCUCCGUGUGCAGAACCAGUCGCAAAAUAGUAUGCGACGUUCUGGUGAAAGCACGGCUGCAAUCAACCCCAAUCGGGGGCCCCUUGGCGCCGUUGGCAACACUGUCCGAAAGAUUGAUGAUAUAGACGAGAUCUACAGCAAGGAGGAAGCCCAAUGGUGGCAGUUCUGGAAGCCACCCCCCGGUGCCUACGCCUCGCCAGUCCCCCAAGGAGACGUCGCAGAGGCUUUCAAGCAGAAAAAGACAAACGAAAAAAUCGAGGCCGAGCCUUUGGAUUAUCCUACACCCCACAACACCGAGUACGACGAAGCUGCGGAACCUGCAGAGUGGGAGAAAUAUCUUAAAAAGAAAGAUCGCCCAACCCAUCGCAGAUGGCCCCGCGAAUGA